AUGGGCGAGUUCGACGACUACUGGGCGCGGGCGUACAGGGGCGACCCCGCGGUCCCGCACUCCGACCCGCAGCGGCUCAUCUCCACCUGGACCGGCGCCUUUGCCCUCGGCGCGGCCGCCUGCGUCCACCACCACGCCUCCGCGCUCGCCUCCCACCUCAAGUCCUUACCGGCGACUUGGCAAGACAUGACAUUGGUCCUUGAUCAAAAGCUAUGGAAGAAAGCUCUUGAGAAGAAGCAACAACAGGCCUAA